GCCCCCUUUCGCUGUUCCUCCCGCUGGCCGGCCGCCAACGUCCUCCCUCUGCCAAGGCGUCGCGACCGCAGUCCACGCUUCCUGCCGCCCGGCGCGGCAGCGCCGAGUGCGGCCGCGCUCGCGCCCGCGCGGCACGGGGCGGCCCUGCUCUGCUGAAGAAGCUAUGCUGGCAGUGUGCAAAUUUCUCGUGGAUCAUUGAUUCAAGAGAUCCUAUUGGGAGCAAAAUAAUAUGCCUUGAGACAUACAAAUCUCCAUAUGCAGCACUCUGAUCAGUGCCUUAUCAGUUGACCUUUUUUUUUCAGUAGUUGCUGUAGGAUCUGCUGGUUCUCGUUUCUCCUAGCGAUAAAGUGAUAGUACUCAUGGGUAAUGAUCUGAUGAACAAACUGCUUGUUCAAGAAGAUUACUAUUGGUUGUUAUGAGACUAUUAUGCUUCUUGGAAGAUGGUUCGAGUUGUGCUUCAGAUUUUUCAUGUCCUGUGAUAUGAUCAGAGGCUUACCAAUGCACCUGUAAACAGGUUUAAUGAGCUCUGUUAUUUGUGAUUCUACAUUGGUGAUUGGCUGAUAACUUCUGCUAUCCACAUUAUAAAGUGGUUUUUAGAAUCCAUUACUUUUUAUCUUCCUAGCUUGGGCGCAGUCUGCUGGAUGUUUGAAGUCUUGAUGGGUUAUCAUCUGAUUAUUCUCUUUCUACAAAUAAAUAACUAACAUUGAAUCUGGUCAUAAGUCAUUCUCUUGUUAACAGCCUGCAACUCCUCUGGUGAAUCUCUCUCAGCAACUUUGUCUAAUGGCAGCCAUACUAGAAUCUUUAGUUGGAUCGUGUGCUAAGAAGUUGCAAGAUGUUAUUUCAGAGGAAGCCAUACUAAUUUUAGGGGUAAAAGAAGAGCUCACAGAACUGCAGAGAAGAAUGGAGCAAAUACGACACUUUCUUAAUGAUGCAGAGCAAAGGAGCACAAAAGAAUCAGCUGUUAAUAAUUGGCUCAAUCAGCUAAGAGAUGCCAUGUAUGACGCCGAUGAUGUUAUUGACUUGGCUAGAUCUAAAGGAAGCAAACUAUUGCCGGAUCAUUCUUUGUCAUUAUCAAGCAAAUCAAGUACAUGCACCGGCCUUUCCCUUUCCUCUUGCUUUUCUAAUAUCCAGACACGUCAUGAGGUUGCUGCUAAGAUUCGAAGCCUGAACAAAAGAAUAGACAAUAUUUCAAAGGAUGAAGUAUUUUCAUCACUGGCAAGUAGACAAUCUACUGAAAAAGUUUCAGCACCGAAACACAUAAGAAGUUCCCACCUUGUUGAACCCAACCUUGUGGGUAAGGAGGUCAUACAUGCUUGCAGAAAACUAGUAGAUUUGCUACUUGAACAUAAGGACAACAGGUCUUACAAGAUUGCCAUUGUUGGUACAGGAGGAGUUGGUAAGACAACACUAGCACAGAUAAUUUACAAUGACCAGAAAAUAAACAGGUGCUUUGACAAACAAGCAUGGGUUUGUGUCUCCAAAGAUUACUCCGAGGUUACUAUUCUGAAGGAGAUUCUUCGAAAAUUUGAAGUACAGUACAUGCAGGAUGAAUCAAUUGAUGAGCUCCAAAGCAGGCUAAAAUUAGCCAUCCAAGAGAAGAGCUUCUUUCUUGUGUUGGAUGAUGCGUGGCAGUCUGACAUAUGGGAAAAUUUACUGAGCACCCCAUUGCAUGCUGCAGCCACGGGGAUAAUUCUGUUGACAUCACGACUUGACACUGUUGCUGUAGAAAUUGGAGUGGACCAUACACACCGAGUUGACUUAAUGUCGGUGGACGUAGGAUGGAAGUUGCUUUGGAAGAGCAUGGGAAUCAACCAAGAAAUAGAAGUGCAAAAUCUGCGAGACUUAGGAAUAGAUAUUGUUCGCAGAUGUGGUUGUCUUCCUCUUGCAAUUAAGGUUGUUGCAAGGCUUUUAGCCAGGAAAGAACAAACUGAGAAUGAAUGGAACAAGUUUUCAAGAAAAGAUGCUUGGUCCAUGAGCAAACUUGAAAUACCAAGUGCUUUAUAUAUAAGCUAUGAAGAGCUACCACUCUGUUUGAAGCCGUGUUUUCUCUAUUGUGCCAUGUUUCCUGAAGAUGCAGUUAUUGAUCGUGAUGAUAUUACCAGGAUGUGGGUGGCUGAAGGCUUCAUUGAUGAGCAAGAUGGCCAACUAUUGGAAGAUACAGCUGAAGAAUACUAUUAUGAGUUGAUAUAUCGGAAUCUCCUCCAACCAAAUUAUUUAUCGGCUGAUCUUAGACGAUGCAGAGUGCAUGACCUAUUAAGGCAGCUUGCUUGUCAUUUAUCUAGAGAAGAAUGUUUUGUUGGUGACCCAGAAUCAAUAAGAGGUAAUGUCAUGAGUAAAUUUAGACGUAUUUCAGCAGUCACUAAGAAGGAUAUAUUGGUGUUACCUAGCAUGGAUAAGGAUCAAUAUAAAGUUAGAACAUGGAUAACUUCUUCUGAAAAGUCACUGAGAGUUGAUAACACAAUAUUUAGAAGACUUCCAUAUAUUCGAGUUUUGGAUCUAACUGGGUCAGUUAUACAAAGUAUUCCAAAUUGUGUUGGAAGAUUGAUCCAUCUACGGUUACUUGGUCUUGAUGGAACGGACAUAUCUUGUCUUCCUGAGUCCAUUCGUUGUCUCAUAAACCUUCAGAUAUUGAACUUGCAGCGGUGCGAUGCUUUGCAUAGUCUCCCAUUAGGUAUAACUCGGUUAUGUAACUUGAGACGCCUUGGUCUUGCUGGAACACCAAUAAACCAGGUUCCAAAAGGGAUUGCUAAAUUGAAGCUCCUGAAUGAUCUUGAUGGAUUUGCGGUUGGUGGUGGCAGUGAUAAUAGUGCUAGAGCACAAGAUGGAUGGAGCCUAGAAGAGCUGGGUCCUCUUUUUGAGCUGAGGAAGCUUGAUUUGAAUAAAUUGGAGAGAGCAUCUCCUUGUAGCACAGAUUCAUUGUUACUAGACAAAAAGUUUCUCAAACAACUCAAUUUAAGUUGUACUGCACGUACAGAUGAACCAUAUAGUGAAAUGGAUAUAAUCAAUAUAGAGAGGACGUUUGAGAAGCUAAUCCCUCCACAGAGCAUUGAAGAUAUAGGUAUUCUAAAUUUUUUUGGUCGGAGGUUUCCCACCUGGCUUGGUACUGCUACACAUUUUCCAUCAUUGAUGUGUUUGAUACUUGUGUAUUGCAAAUCAUGUGUGCAUCUUCCUCCAAUCGGGCAGCUCCCCAACCUGAAAUAUCUGAGAAUCGAGGGAGCCACUGCAGUCACCAAGAUUGGACCCGAAUUUGUUGGCUACGGGGUGGGUAAUCCCGGAUCUGCAGAGGCAGUUGCUUUCCCCAAGCUUGAAACGUUGUACAUCAAGGAUAUGCCCAACUGGGAGGAGUGGACCUUUGUUGUUGAAGAAGAAGAAGAAGCGGCGGCAGCAGCAGCAGGUAAGGAUGGUGCUGCUGCAAACCAAAAGGGGGAAGCCCCACCUCCAAGGAUGCAGCUGCUGCCACGUUUGAAGAAGUUGUUUCUUGUCUGCUGCCCCAAUCUGAGAGCUCUCCCACGGCAGCUUGGACAGCAGGCCACCAGCUUGAAGGAGCUCCAGUUAAGAUAUGUGGAUAGCAUUAAGGUGGUGGAGAACCUCCCGUUCCUCUCUGAGACGCUUUUAAUUGCUAGAUGUAGAGGCCUAGAGAGGGUCUCAAAUAUUCCCCAGGUGAGAGAGCUGCGUGCACAGCUGUCUCCAAACUUGAGGUAUGUAGAGAGGUUGGACAGCUUGCACCAGCUGUUUCUGGAUGAGGACAUGCAAGAUGUCUCCUCACGGUGGCUGCCUGGACUCCAAGAGAAGCACCAGCAGCUGCACGGGGAAGACAUGGAUGUCUACACCUGGUGAUGAUGAGUAUGCGAGGGUGCUACAUCUCUUGAAGACGACGUAAGUGCCUACUCGUGGACCUGGAUGUCUGUCUCGAGCCGUCGAUGGACUAAGGAUGGCUGAUCAAGAACCACAACACGAGCUGAUGUAUGGGAAGGCUCGUUUUUAAUGUUUGUUUAAGUGUUUGGCUAGUGUGCAUGUCUGAAUAAAAUAUGUGCUACUUGAGUUUCUGGAAUAACUCUGUGGUGAGCUUGGACUUUUAGUAGUUUGUGAACAUGUAAUGUGAAGAAACCGCAUCUGCUGUUGCAUGCUUUCUGUCGCAAUUAUCGAUAUACAUGAAAAGUGAGCUCUUGUUUUGUAAUUGCCACUAACAUUUCUGUGAAAUAAAGCUGUCGUUACUUGCUCCCC